AUGGUAUUUUCAUAUCUGUUUUCACUAUUGCCGCAAUGGCCAACAGCUGUUCAAUUUCUGAGCGGCCUUUGGCGUCGAAUCCUUCGUAUUCGAACUCUUCCAGAUAUUGAGAGACGCUUCAUUGACGAUGCACCCAAAUCCUACCCAACCUUGCAUAGUGACGGUGGGCAGGCGUCUUGCACAGCGGCUACGUAUUGCGCCUCCAAGUCGGAACGAGACGCGCAGCGACAGGCGUAUAUCGGAGCAAUCGAGGUAAAAAAUGUUUUGAAACUGGCGUCUAGCCGCAACGAGGGAAAAGAUUGCGUUGAAUUCCGCAAAUGUGAACAUGGAAGCUUCAACGUUUGCUUCUUCGUUGAGUUUCCCUCUGAUGGCACAAAGUGGGUUGUGCGCUUUCCGAUAUGUCCUGUUCUCCAUGACCCUUGGCGGAAGUUGCAAAGCGAGAUUGCCACUAUGGAAUACAUUCAUGACAGAACGACAAUUCGUAUUCCACGCGUCUAUGGGUACGGCUCUGGCGGUGAGCUAGAUCCAAACAACGACACCGGUCUUCCAUUCGUUAUCCUCGAAUAUAUUUCUGGUCGGCCGCUCGACCCCAAACAGCUUUCAAACGCGCCUACCGAUGCCUUGGCACGAUUCUAUGCCGAUUUAGGUGAUAUCCUAUCGCAACUUCGUGCACAAGAGUUUGAAUAUGCGGGAGCCUUGAUCAAAGAUGAAAAAGGCGAAUUCGCUAUAACAUGCCCGAAUUCCGUGGAUUUAAACAGUGUCCAGCUACAGGGUAUGCGAAAGAAUGUUAGACGUCAGUCAACCGCCGUCGACUUCGCCAUGUGUCACUAUGAAACUCUGGUUCAACGAUUGAGCAUGCCCGCAGAAAGGAUGGAUGAAGAUGACGUUCAGCUCGAAGUAUUCGCACUCGAAGACUUCAAAUUGAGACUAUUUCAAUUCAUUAACCCAUCCUGGAACUUUGAACCGUUUGUACUUUCACACGGGGAUCUACGACCAUCGAAUAUCAUCGUUCGCGAGGAUCUCUCUAUCGCAGGUAUCAUUGACUGGGAAUGGAGCGGCACCGUGCCUCUUCAGUUCUUCACACCACCGUUGUGGCUUAGUGGGUAUGAAGUAUCAACCCCUAGAGACGGAUGCUACCAAUCGGAAUACGCGAAAUUGUAUCAAGCACUUCUAGCUGUUGACGCAACAUCAGCCGCCCGUUGCACACUCGCUUCAGAAUGGGGGCACGAACCCAGCUGGCGCCUAUUCUUGCCUGCGGCAUUGCUCCAACACCAUUUGUUUAUGACUACAUACUACCUGGCUGUAUUCCCACAGUUCUACGAAGGUGUCAAGAGGGACGAUAAGCUAACCGACUUUUUCAAUUCGUUUGCAAAGUUCCGCGAAGUGGUGCAGAAGAAGGUGGAGGCAUCUGAGAAAUACACACAACACCUGAUUGCUCAUGGUUUAUUGGCCGCGGACCGAACAGCCGAAGAUUUAUAA